UGGUCGAGCGUCAAUGCCAUUGAGCGAAAACAACCAUCAGAGAAAGCGGCGGCGGCGAAGGCGGCGGCGAAGGCGGCGGCGGACGACGACGACGAAGACGACCCGGGGAGAGGAAGACGAUGGCACGGGAGACGGUGGUAGCGACGGCCAGGAAGGAGUCGCCUGCAUCCAAAGGAGAUCCCUGCCUCUGCUGAGCGUCCCUUUUCUCCCUUCCGCGUCAGCCACGAUGGUCCACACAAGCUGUCAAUGCGUUUGAUGACGUCCCUGUUUUGUGAAAGGGGAAAGGAAACGUGACAAUGUAAGAUCUACGUUUGCUUAGUCAAUUUCGAGCCAAAGGCAAGGGCAGACCGCGACGGAUUUGGGGGGGUGGGUGGGUUCGUUUCUUUCAGUUCCAGGAAGGAAAACAAAUGGAAGAAAAGCUAAGAUCCCGGUCCCCUCCCUUAAGGCUUCCUCACUGCUUGCGUGUGGUCCAGACGGUUCCUGGCACGGGGGAGCUAGAUCUAAUUUCUGGGCAUCAACGUGGGUCGGGUAGGAGCUAGAAGAAGAAACCGGGAAACCGCCGGUCCAGCCCUCUUGCUCUUCUGCGCCCCCUGCCGGCCCAACUUUUCCCACCCGUGCCGGUCUGGAACGGAAGGCACAUGUUAAUACCAACUGGUGCGAUCGUUUUAUGGUACUGUUGCUACGGUUUGCUGAUCCCCAGACAGAUGUUGCGCCACCAGGGUCUCCUCAAGUGCCGCUGCCGCAUGUUGUUCAAUGACCUGAAGGUCUUCCUCCUCCGGAGACCUCCCGCGCCCCCGCCGCCUUCGCCCCCGCCUCUCCCUCCCAUGAACAGUGGAGAGCAAGCCCUGGGCUUACAGCAGGCUUCCAAUAACAAUACGCUGACGGCGCUCUAUGGAGGGCGAAGGGGACCUUGGAGAGCGCCGAGUGCCGGGAGUGGCGGCGGCGGCGGCGGUGGAGGAGGAGGAGCGGGAACCACCAGCCCCCCGGAUGAAGAGUGGGGAAGCCCUGGGGGAGAAGGAGAGCAGCCCCUCUCUAUGAUGAGCAGCGCCUCCGACGACGACUUUUGCAAAGGGAAAGCGGAGGAUCGGUACUCGCUGGGAAGCAGUCUGGACAGUGGAAUGAGGACCCCCCUCUGCAGGAUCUGCUUCCAAGGACCUGAGCAGGGUGAGUUGCUGAGUCCGUGUCGAUGUGAUGGGUCAGUGAAAUGUACACACCAGCCUUGCCUGAUCAAAUGGAUCAGUGAGAGGGGAUGCUGGAGCUGUGAGCUGUGUUAUUACAAGUAUCACGUCAUUGCUAUAAGCACAAAGAACCCCUUGCAGUGGCAGGCCAUUUCUCUGACUGUCAUUGAGAAGGUUCAGAUAGCGGCAGCCAUUUUGGGUUCCCUUUUCCUUAUUGCUAGUAUAUCGUGGCUCGUCUGGUCAACCUUCAGUCCUUCUGCUAAAUGGCAACGCCAAGACCUGCUCUUCCAGAUCUGCUAUGGAAUGUACGGCUUCAUGGACAUUGUCUGUAUAGGUCUAAUAAUUCAUGAGGGGCCCUCAGUGUACCGGAUUUUUAAACGGUGGCAAGCAGUCAAUCAACAGUGGAAAGUGCUGAACUAUGACAAAACCAAGGACCUGGAGGAUCAAAAAACAGGGACCAGGACCAACCAACGAACCUCCUCUCAGACCAACCAUUCAUCCUCUGCUAGUGGUGCAGCUAGUAACUCUACUCCAGCCAAUAGUAUGACUCGGGAAGCUAGCCACACCACAGGCACCUUGUCUGACCACCACUGUGCUUAUACCAUCUUGCAUAUACUCAGCCAUCUGAGGCCUCACGAACAGAGAAGCCACUCAAGCACAAGCAGAGAGCUCGUCAUGAGAGUCACAACGGUCUGAGCUAAGGAAUUCAGAAGGCCUUAUUCUUGCAACAUGGGAGUGAGAGAGGAACUCAGAAAUGGAGGAGGUUGGUGUGCCUUCUCCUCUCUGCUCUACCCCACCCCUGUCACACACACCCCAGGUUGUCUGCAGCUGCAUAAGGAGCACAAGAGGCUACUGGCCAGCCAGGGAUGGCCAGCCAAGGUAGAGCUGCACACAGCGUCUGAAAAAGAGGUCAAUUGUGUUGCAGUCAACGGGAAGUACAACAUGCCAUGUGCAAUACAGACUACAAAAGCUGAACUGAGGAAAAGGCUUGAGGGGGAUCUAGAGAAGUGUAGUUGGUCUCAUUGCAAUUUUAAACAAUCUUACCACACACGCACACACAGAAAUAGAAAAAGAAAGAAAGAAAGAAAGAAAGAAAG